CCCACGCGCCGGUGCCGCGGCAGGCGCAGGCCGCGGCCAUGGCGCUGCUGCGCGGCCCCGCGGCGGACGGGCAGCGCUCGGCCGUCACCAGGCCGCUCUCGGCCGCAUCAGUACUCUGUCAAGUGGAACCUGUGGGAAGAUGGUUUGAAGCAUUUAUUAAGAGGAGAAACAUAAAUGUUUCUGCCUCUUUCCAGGAGCUAGAAGAUGAGAAGGAACUUUCUGAAGAAUCGGGGGAUGAAGAACUGCAGCUUGAGGAAUAUCCUAUGUUAAAAACCCUCGACCCAAAGGACUGGAAGAAUCAAGACCAUUAUGCAGUUCUUGGACUGGGAAAUAUACGAUACAGGGCUACUCAGAAACAAAUCAAAGCAGCUCAUAAAUCCAUGGUUUUGAAACAUCAUCCAGACAAGCGAAAAGCUGCAGGGGAACAGAUAGGAGAGGGUGACAAUGAUUAUUUUACUUGCAUAACUAAAGCUUACGAAAUAUUAUCUGAUCCUGUGAAACGACGAGCAUUUAACAGCAUAGAUCCAACUUUUGAUAACUCUGUACCUUCCAAGAGUGAAGCAAAAGAAAACUUUUUCGAAGUUUUCUCACCAGUUUUUGAAAGAAAUGCCAGGUGGUCAAAUAAGAAAAAUGUUCCUAAACUUGGGGACAUGAACUCCUCAUUUGAGGAGGUAGAUGCAUUCUAUUCCUUUUGGUAUAAUUUUGAUUCCUGGAGAGAGUUUUCCUAUUUAGAUGAAGAGGAAAAAGAAAAAGCAGAAUGUCGAGAUGAAAGGAGGUGGAUUGAAAAGCAGAACAGAGCUGCCAGAGCAUUGAGAAAAAAAGAAGAAAUGAACAGAAUUAGGACUCUUGUUGACAAUGCAUACAGCUGUGAUCCCAGGAUAAAGAAAUUUAAGGAGGAAGAAAAGGCAAAGAAGGAAGCAGAGAAGAAAGCCAAGGUAGAAGCAAAACGAAAAGAACAGGAGGCAAAAGAAAAACAAAGACAAGCAGAAUUAGAAGCAGCACGGUUAGCAAAAGAAAAGGAGGAAGAAGAAGUCAGGCAGCAAGCAUUAGUGGCAAAAAAGGAAAAAGAGAUACAGAAGAAAGCAAUCAAGAAAGAAAGGCAAAAACUCAGAACAACAUGCAAGAACUGGAAUUACUUUUCUGAUAAUGAGGCAGAUUGUGUUAAAAUGAUGGAGGAGGUGGAAAAGCUUUGUGAUCGUCUUGAGCUAGCAAGUCUGCAAUGCUUGAAUGAAGCACUUACAUCCACAACAAGGGAAGGAGGAAAGGCGGCUGUAGUAAAACAGAUAGAAGAAAUAAAUGAACAAAUAAGGCGAGAGAAAGAAGAGGCAGAAGCUCGUAUGCGCCAAGCAACAAAGAGCUCAGAAAAGUCAACCACUGGCGGUGGAGGGGGAAGCAAAAAUUGGCCAGAGGAUGAUUUACAGUUGUUAAUUAAAGCUGUGAACCUCUUUCCAGCAGGGACUAACUCAAGGUGGGAAGUUAUUGCCAAUUAUAUGAACUUGCACUCUACUACUGGAAUAAAACGAACAGCAAAAGAUGUCAUCAAUAAAGCAAAGAGUCUCCAAAAGCUUGACCCUCAUCAAAAAGAUGACAUAAACAAGAAAGCAUUUGACAAAUUUAAAAAAGAACAUGGUGUGGUGCCUCAGAUGGACAGUGCUGCCCCCUCAGAACGAUUUGAAGGAUCACCUCUAGAUUCAUCCCCUUGGACUACAGAAGAACAAAAACUUUUAGAACAAGCAUUGAAGACUUAUCCAGUAAAUACUCCUGAAAGAUGGGAGAAAAUAGCAGCAGCUGUUCCAGGCCGGUCAAAAAAAGACUGCAUGAAACGAUAUAAGGAACUCGUGGAAAUGGUCAAGGCAAAGAAAGCUGCUCAAGAACAAGUGAUGAAUGCUACUAAAGUCAAGAAAUGACUCUUACUGACAAUCCUUGUUUUAUAAUAAAAAUGCAAAUACUGUA